AUGAAGUGCGACGUCGACAUCCGUAAGGAUCUGUACGCCAACACCGUACUCUCUGGUGGUACUACCAUGUAUCCCGGUAUCGCCGAUCGUAUGCAGAAGGAAAUCACUGCCCUGGCUCCGUCGACCAUCAAGAUCAAGAUCAUCGCUCCUCCCGAGAGGAAAUACUCCGUAUGGAUCGGUGGAUCUAUCCUGGCGUCACUCUCCACCUUCCAACAGAUGUGGAUCUCCAAGCAGGAAUACGACGAGUCCGGACCUGGGAUCGUUCACCGCAAUUUGUACAACAACGACUGUUUGUUAUUAACGUUAUUAAUUAAUUUAUUGACAAUAAUCUCCUCGGCCAUUGCAGCAAGCCCUUCUCGGUCUUGUGAACAUGUAUACGCUGACUUACAUGUAUCGUACAGAGACAAACACACACGCACACACAUAUACAGAUACAAAGGCUUUUUUGAAAUCGUAAGCGCACGUAAUUUGGCAUUUGCGAUAAUGAAUCGAGGUGGUAAUGAAACGAGAGUGAAGUAUAUGAUACGGAAAACCAUAACCAGGCGCAUCGACGUCGGCUCAUAUUGCUGCCUGGCGUAUUGUUCUUAUUAUAUCAUAUAAUUGAUGAUAAUAAAACUGUAUUAUAUAAUAAUUCGAUGUCGGAUUAUGUGAACCUUAUCGAAUCGUGGUAUUUCUGGCGAAUGUUCAAAAUGAUGAUAUAAUGGAUGGGAACAAAUUACAAAUUUUAUAGACAAAGUUCAAGAGAAUUAUUGUGUUUUCGAUUCUCAUGACAUUUAACUGCGGAUACAGUGUGCUCUGGCAGCUAGCCAGGUCUGUGUGCAACUCAAGUGACUAUAUUUCUAUUUCUUUUUAGCAGGCUGGCGCGGCAAUUAAGGAAAUAGAGAAUUCAUAA